AUGUCUUGCGAACAUCAGUUUGUAAUCUCCGCUCAUUCCUCAUCUGAUUUCCAAUUAUUUGGCAAGUUCGGAGGAUUGAUGGCCACUUCCUUGGUCAGAGUUUUGGCCCCGAUUUUACUCAUCCCACCAGGUCUGAAUAAGAUUUACGUAAUCGCGGCUGUCCGCCUGCGCUCCUUUCUUGGUGCGAGUUUGAUUCAUUUCCCUUCUUUUUCUUGUUGUGACCUGCCUGAUUCUAAUCUCAGAGUCUAUUAUGCAUGUUUGCAUACACAUCCCAUGCUAAUGAGACGCCAAUUGUGGCGCCAUUUCUUACAGUUUUUGUUUGGGGUGGAUCCGGAAGCCUUUUCCCUUUCUCUUGCCCUUGCAGAGCUCAUUUGCAUAACCAAAUUUCGAUGGUCAGUCAGUUUUUGAAUCUUUGGCCGCAGUAUUUGGAAUAAAAAGAUGUCACUUCUCUUGAAUUGCAACAGUCGCUAUGACAACGCCCUGACCUUUUGGUAUAAUAUAUUUCAAAUAUAGAGCACAUACGACGCUCGUCUUGGAGAUUCCUUUAAAUCUAUUUUAUGUCCUAUUUUCCCCGUUCGAAGACUAAUUUCAGAUUUUGCGCGGCACUAAAUAAAGACCACCGGAAAGGGAUGUAAGCAGCCACUUUUUGGACGAAUCCAAUGAUGCGUUAACUUUCUUGGGUGCUCGCUUCGAAUUAAUUUAAAGUAAACUAAACAUUUAAUAUUAGCCGCGCAAAUGUGUUGCAAAACAUUUUUUGACGCCUGGACGUUAACGGCCCUAAGGGCAUGGCGAUAUUGUUUGGUCCUUUAUUUAUAUCCGGAGGUUGAAUGUUUUAUGUUUUAUCUUUUGUUUCAAGCAAGUGACAGGCCUUCAAUUAAUCAUUAUCAUUUGAAAAAAGCCCCCCCCCCUCCCUCGAUCAUCUUUUCUUGGCCUUGAGGAUAACGUCAAGGGCACGUAAAAAGCCCUCAGGCUCUCAAUUGGUAAUGGCCUGGUCUCUGUUUAUUGUCUCUCUUGAAUGCCAGUUUUGUUUUGGAUGUUGGAGGGUGUUCCAACUCUAAUUAGUGGCCAUCUUGACUUAAUUGGGCUCCCAUUUUUUAUUUUCUGACCCUUUAUAAUAAUAUUAUACUUUUUAAAUAUAUUUUUUCAUUUUGCCCAUGUUGUUUUAACCUUUUUAACUAAUGAUCCUCCUGAUUUAUUUAUUAGUUAACGCUUAGAUAUGUAUGUUCUCUUUCGCGUACUCUUUUUUCCGGAACUUCUGUUUGUAUUCUAAAAUGUCCUGAGGCUGUUACGUGUUCCGAGUGUCUUUACCUAAACUGCGGUCAAAGAAAAGGACCAUCACCGGAUAUAUAAAGCGGUCGUUUUGUGCCGUAAAGAUCAAAAAGAAUAAUUUACAUGUGACGUAAGAUGGCAGAAAAUCAUCACACGACCAAUAUACCUCUCUUUUAUUGAGUUAUAAUACUCUUGAUAUGUUUUGUUUGCUCUUCUUAAACGGUUUGAGUUUCCAUGUUUUCUCGGGACUUAAGGUCAUAAUCUGGGGGCAGCACUCGAUAGAUCUCUCCCUUUGUGUAGGUAGAUUCUCUACUCCGAUUUCACUUAUGAUUGAAAGGUAAGACAUCUCUUGAGUCUCUGUUUGUUCUCCUCAACUCUUCUUCUUUUCUUAAUUUGCAAGGAUUCUCGACACUUUCCUCGAGAAGCGCGGCACGCCCCUGUUUUAUGCCCUCAGGCAACGCUUGGGCCUCCCGAAACGUGGAAAGGAAAUUGAUCUCAAUUCAGGUGAAAUCCAAGUAGCCUGAAGCGUUGUUAUGGAACGGGCUCGAUGUUACAAGGUCGUGGCCCUCAGGGUAUUUUUGGCCUGCUUACGACUUUGUUGAAAUAAAAUUGCUUGAAAAAAUGAGUCUUAAGUUGCAAUCUCAACGCCGUUGGCCUCCUCACCUCUACAUCGAACGCUUAUAUAAUCGCACAACCGUCUCGAUUACCCUUGUCUUGUGUAUCCUCAUUCUCCCCGCGUUCCCUCCUUUUUUAUCUUUCAUACGGACUUUGAGAAGAUUGGCCGACUUGAAGUUGCUUUUUACUAUAAGUGCAAUUGGAACGUCGUUGUAAUGAGAUUUAAACGCCUUUGACCUCUUGUCCUUUUUCAGGUUUUCAAGUAUCCAAAAGUUUGAAUGUGGGGAUGAAGACGAGUUUCUUAGUCUGGCUAUUGGCCAGCUACAUGGCUUCGGCAGAUGUCACUUUAUUUAUCAGCAAGACUGAGAUGAACAGAACAUUAGGUGAAAUUUCAUUGAGAUUACUAAUAUUAAUAUUCAUUACAUUUUUUGAUUUUGAUUAUUUUAGGAGUUUUGGCAGAGAUGAAUUAUGUUGAGAAUGGGAUUGUCAACGCGUACUCGACCAAGUUCCCAUAUCGAGUAGCUGCCAACAUUAGUCAUCUUGUUUUCACCUGGUUCUCUCCCUCCCACGCUGAUUAUUCGGUUCAAGUUCACGCCGAAGACUUUAAUGUCCUGCCUAUUAUUAAUAUCCCCACCCAUGGAAAAAUUCCGCGGGAACGCGAGAGUAAGUGCAACAAGAAACGUUUUGAGAAUGUAGAUGAAAAGCGACAAAUAUAAUCGUCAUCUAUUAUGCUGUUUUUCAGCAUUUUCAAUUGAAUAUCGAUGUGCGGGAAGUCGAGCAGGUCAAUUCCUGGUGACUUUGUUUCUCAAUAUCACAACUUCUAAUCAGCCAUUAACAUUCAGUCUCAAACAAGAAAAGAUUUGUGUCCUGAAAGACGGGAGAAGAGCAACUGGAGGUAGUCAAAUCUAAAUUAUGCAAACAGUCACAAUUACAGGGUCAAAUGAUCAUGAUUACAACAAUUUGUCCUUAAAUGGAGACAGCUACAGUGUUCUCCCGUCCCCCGUCUUGCUCUAUUCUACCGCCGCCAUAUUAAUCUGCAUAGUUUUGCUGACAAUCGGAGCUGUUUGUUUUUACAACAGAUCGAAGAGUAAACCAUCCAGAUUAUACGAAUCGAGACAUGGCAGAUCAACGCCCAGUUCUUUCCCGUAAGUUGUCAAAUAAUUUAAUUUUUUGUCCUUUCAGAACAAAAGAGUCAAGUGCCUUUGAUUCCCCUUCCCAACCAUUUCUUCAGCCUUGCACUUCAACCCCGUUAACCAAGGCAUCUACAGCCAAAUUAACAAAACUUGAAAAUUCAAUUGAACCCAAAGUGAUAUUCGAAAGGAAGACAACGUUAGAUGUGAACAAGACCCUUGUGGAGUUGUAUGCGGAUAGAAAUCUAUUCCAAGUGAUGCCAUUCAUUGAGAUGGAAGGCAAAUUUGGAGAGAUCAGGUGGGCCAUCUGGAGACAGAAUCAGGUCGGAUUGAGUGGAGAUAUUGAUGACGAAGAAGAUGGAGUUAAUGAGGAAGUGGCUGUGAUUUGUAAAACCUUGAAGAAUACAACCGACCGGUCACAUUUUGAAAAAUUCAUCCGGGAAACUCUAGUCUUUCACCAGGCAAGUCAAAGUUUAAAGUUUAGAUCGGUUAAGCAUCUGUAGUCCAAUAAAAGCAGCUUUAGGUACCUGCUCAAAUGAAUCUUGCGCAAGUCCAAGGGGCUGCCACUUUUGGGCAUUUUAAUAACCCAGCUUCUGUAACCGAUUUCCCUUUGAUUUGUUAUCGCCACCAAGGAUUCGGUUUCCUGAAGAAGUUCUUGCUUACAUGUAGAGGAGUUCAAGGACUUAGAGAAAGUUCAGAAGUGAGUGCAAGUUCAUCCAAACGGUCAGCCGGGGGUGCUGCCAACCAAACACUGAGAACUCAUGAUCUUGUCAACAUGACGCAACAGAUCCUCAAGGCCAUCUCACAUUUACAUAAAUUUGGAGUCAUUCAUAAGGAUGUGGCAACAAGGAAUUGUUUGAUUGCUGAGAUCCCGGCCCUGGGAAUGAACGAGAGAUUGAUGGUCCAGCUGUGUGAUUCUGCCCUGAGUCGAGAUCUAUAUCCAGAAGAUUAUUACAGUCCGAAAGGUGAUGAUACCGACAGUCGGCCUGUCAAAUGGAUGGCUCCGGAGACGAUACGAAGUAAUGUUUACAACAGCUCUUCUGAUGUUGUGAGUUUUUACACUACUAUCAUGGAAUAUAGUAGUUGACUCUGAAUAAUUACUCUAUUUUCAGUGGUCGUUUGGAGUAUUUAUGUGGGAACUAUUCACAUGUGGUCAACAACCAUUUGUCGACUGUAAUCCCGAGGAAAUACCAUCAAUCCUGCAGACAGGAACUCGGUUGGGGCAGCCUUAUAACUGCCCGGAUGAGAUGUAUAGUAUCAUGUACUCGUGCUGGAAUCAAGCACCCUUAGAACGACCGACGACGAGUCAGUUGCAGCAGAAUGUAGAUGAAUUUGCACAACAAUUAAGACGAUACAUUUGA